AUGCCUCGAAAGAAUAAAGGACGACAGAAGAUCGAGAUGAAAAGAAUAACCAAUGAGAGCAACUUGUUGGUGGCUUUCUCAAAGAGGUAUGCAGGUCUUUUCAAAAAGGCUAGUGAGCUUUGCACCCUUUGUGGGGUGGAGAUGGUAAUCAUUAUCUUUUCCCCAACUAAAAAGGUGUUCUCAUUUGGCCAUCCAUCUGUUUAUAGUGUUCUAGAUCGCUUUUUGGAACAAAGCCAUCCUUCAAGAUCAAGAUCGAGGGCAUAUCAAAUUAUGCAACAUUAUCGCAAUUCCAACAUCCGAGAACUCAACAUGCAACUCACGAACUUGCUUGGUCAACUAGAAGUUGAGAAAAAGACUAGUAAAGAACAUAAGAAGACAAGGAAUAUGAGGCAUGAGGAUUAUUGGUGGGAUGCUCAUUUGGAGAACCUAAGAGUAGAAGAGCUAGAGACAUUGAAGGAUGCAAUGCUGGAACUAAAGAAGAACUCUGAAAGACAAGUAGAGGCAUAUAGGGAAUAG